UCCCCGUUUUAAGCAUAUGCGAGACCAAUACGAUUGAGCAUAGCAAGCGGGCAAAUGCAAUGCAAUGCAAUGCAGGGCUACCGACUUGUCUUAUCCUCGAGAGCUCUAGUUGAUGCCGAGCUUCUUCUCUCCGCCUUUCAAUUCGUUCAAUCUUAUACCCAAACCUCUUUUAUUUUACUCUUCAACCUCUUUCUAGGUUAUACCAACGAUUGUACUCCGCUCGCCCACUUGGAAAUAUCUGAGCUUUACUUCAACCCCGCCAUCACCACCGCCGACUUCUUACAACAACUCAAACACUAACAACAGCUAACAUGGCGGACAAGACUCAAGAUACUCACACGACACCCGUCGGUCCCUCAUACCGCACUCACCAGCAGAAGCCCAGUGCCACCGUCUCUGUCGACGUCAAGCUAGACAAUGUCCAUGUUCUGUCGCAGACCCCUCAGCUCAUUGCCCUACUGUCGAAAAUUCGUAGCAAGGAGACCGAGAGAGCAGACUUCAUCUUCUACUCCAACCGAAUCAUUCGAUUGCUAGUUGAGGAGGGUCUCAACCACUUGCCUGUCAUUGAGCACACUGUCACUACACCCAUUGGCCGAAACUACAAUGGUCUCAUGUUCCAGGGCAAGAUCUGCGGAGUGUCCAUCAUGAGAGCUGGUGAGGCUAUGGAGCAGGGUCUCCGUGACUGCUGCCGCUCUGUUCGUAUUGGAAAGAUCUUGAUCCAGCGUGAUGAGGAGACGGCCCAGCCCAAGCUGUUCUACGAUAAGCUGCCCGAGGAUAUUGCUGACCGAUGGGUGCUUCUUUUGGAUCCUAUGUUUGCUACUGGUGGCUCUGCUACCAUGGCGGUUCAAGUUCUCAAGGCCAGGGGCGUCCCUGAGGAGCAUAUCCUGUUCCUCAACUUGAUUGCAAGCCCCGAGGGUGUCAAGAACUUCUCUGCCAAGUUCCCCCGCUUAAGGGUCGUGACAGCUUUCAUCGAUGAGGUUUGUCACACCGCCUGCAUGUACUGUCGCAACGUAUUGGCUAACCGGGCAUUUCUAGGGCCUCGACGAGAAGAAGUAUGGAUGCUCAACUCCGAUGACACAUGAUGUGCUGACCAAUCAACAG